CUAUGGACAAGAGAGCUGACGACACCAAACUGAGUAUUUCUAGCUGGGUAGUUCUAGGAAGCAAUUCGUCGAAAUUGCUUCCUGACGUCUAUAUUUCAUGCUUCAUUUCACUUGGGGCCAUUCAUCACUCUCCUGUCAAAAUUUACAUAGACGUAGCUAUUCUGGAGCCAUUAAUAUUUCAACAUUUCGACAGAGAGCGAGAACCAGCUUUCGGAGGUAAUUACUGGGCGAACUGCUACCGGAGGUAAUAUAAGGCGGGUUAGAGAAGGCGAGAAACUCAGUGGUUGUGUGACGGCGGUAGUGGACGGGCCAACUUUCACUUUGGCGCUAGGGAAGUACAGAGCACGGGGAGCUUGACGCCCUGCCCGUACCAGACGCCCAACCUGGCCUCAGUCGGGCUCCCGCUGGUACCCAGGACGCACUCGCUGAUACGCUCGAGUGAUUAACCUACCAGCCAUGAGACUAGCCGCGCUGGUGCUGGUGGCGACGCUGGCAGCGACGGCGGCCGGCGAGGACCAGACGACGCGCACCAGGAGAAGUAUUGGCUCCUGGAUAUCCGACUUCUUCAAGAAGUGGAAGAAGGAGGAUUCGGAAGACGAUUACGGCGGACAGCAGAUCAUCACUAUCCCCGUAUACCAGCCCCGUCCCAUCUACCACCCGCCCGUCGUCCACCACCAGAAGCCGUACUACCCUCCGCCCUCCUACGGCCCUCCAUCCAUUCCUCCCACAUCAUACGGAAGGGGCUUUGGAGGCGGUGGACAAUUUAAAGGAGGUUUUGGAGGUGGUGGCCCCAUUCCGGGAGGUUUUGGAGGCGGUGGCCCCAUUAAGGGAGGUUUUGGAGGUGGUGGCCCCAUUAAGGGAGGUUUUGGAGGUGGUGGCCCCAUUAAGGGAGGCUUUGGCGGCGGUGGCCCCAUUAAGGGAGGUUAUGGAGGUGGUGGACACGGAGGUGGUGGCCACAUCAAGGGCGGGUUUGGAGGCGGUGGCCACGGAGGUGGCGGCCACAUCAAGGGAGGCUUCGGAGGCGGUGGCCACGGAGGUGGCGGCCACAUCAAGGGAGGCUUUGGAGGCGGUGGCCACGGAGGUGGCGGCCACAUCAAGGGAGGCUUUGGAGGCGGUGGCGGCCACAUCAAGGGAGGAGGAGGAGGACAUGGAAAAGGAGUCCCAUAUGGCUUCGGUCCGGUUAAAGAUUCUGAUGUUGUUCACGGAGGAGGAGGAUCCUACCACCCGCCGGCGCUCCCAGCAGGUGAUUAUGGAGUUCCUCCGCCUCUCCCUCUUGAUACUUACGCCGCUCCAAAUCUCGAUGAUAUCUACGGUCCUCCUAAGAUUGUUGACUCCUACAGCACGCUGGCCAUACCUAAAGCCCCCGUUGUCUCCUCAGGGUUGGGAGACAGCUACAUCCCUCCAGUAGCACCCGUCGGCCCGUCUGUGAAUGAUUUGGUGAGCGACUUCCGUACCCCACAUUCCUUGUCCGGAGCCGGAGCCGGGGCAGGUCUUGGUGUCAUUUCAUCUUACGUGGAUUUCGAGCCUUCACAGCCCCUCCCGAUAGAGCCUAUUGUUCCUGAAGUUCCUUUGGUACCAAAGGGACCUCCAGCACCGCUAGCAGCUCUCUACGAACUUCCUGGAGACGGUGGUGCUCUGUCACCAGCACCCGUCGACAUCUUACCUCCAGGUAAUGGUAUAUUUGACGUGGGUGGUAGCAAACGAAGUAUAGAUGGAGGAUUUGGAGCAUCUGCAGGUGUAAAAGAUCAAUAUUCCGCUCCUACGGCCCCACUGACGUUCGGGGCCGAGCUGGGAUAUGACGAUCCCAUCAUUGAGAUCGUGUUCGAGGACGGGGAGCCGGCGCCUCCACUUCCUCCUCCAGUCAUCGACCCGGAAGUGUUUGCGUUGCCAGAAGAGCCCGUUGAAGUGUACUUCAUCGAGUACUCACCAGGAGACAAUAUUGAUGACAUUGCCGCUCUUAACCUGGAAGGCGCCAAACCGGGUAUCCUGCAUGACCUACCGGAAGAAUUGCCCAUUGACGUCCGUUCCCAUCUGUUGGAUUCUGGAGUGCUUGAUAACGCCGAGAUCCAGGUCAUUAACUUGGACGAUGCGUUAACUCAGGGUUAUCUAGACAGGGACACCAGAGAAGCGCUAGAGGCCGUGUAUGCUUCGGAGAGUCGUCGUGAUGAGAAGAAAGUUGACGCGCCGUCCAAAGAAGGCGUUAACAUCAAAGUUCACCGCCUGAUGAACGAGGACGGGACCCCAAAGGGAGUCGCUGAGCUGCUGUCUGGUCUCGGAAAGUACCGCGAGGGUCGCUUUGCUGGAGUUGUCGAGGCAAAUGAUGAAGAUAAGAAAAAAUUCAUUCCUGUAAUAGUCGAUGGUGAUAAGCUUCCCUUGCCAAACCACCCUGGACUAGAUGGGCGGGAGGUGGCUGGGGUUCUUGUGUUGGCACCCGGAAAUAAAAAUAAAACGUCGGAGCCUCCGGCCAAUACCAGCACCCCAGUACACAAUCUGGUCGAGUCGGCGUCGAAUUCAGAAGAAGUAGUGACCAAGAUCGACCAGAUUAACGAGCGGGUGGAUCGACAAUGGAAUGGUGACCCCAACGGCUGGCGCCCCGUCUGGGACUGACUCGCCGUCCACAGUCAAGCCUUCCGUACUUGAUUUGUGACUUCCUCCCCAUCGCUCCUCGAUGGUCUGGUUUCCAUUUGAGAAAGAGCUUCUCAGGACAGGGAAACUUUAGGUUAAAACAAUGCAGUCUAAGACUUAUACCCAAAUACCAAAUUUUGGUCCGGCAUAGCGCGACUCAACUGUCGCCAAUUCCCACAUUUCGAAACGAGGGCAUUGCCCUCACCAAAGAAAAACAAAUAAUAUUGUGAAUUACAUGUCUUUCGAGUUGUCUAGUGCUGCUAGCUUUACUCUUCAUUCUUUCUGAUUCAUGCUGUAUAUAUAUAUUGCCCUUUGUAAGUUUAAUGAACAUAUUUUAAAUAGGUUUAAGCUUAUUUUUAGUCAGGGUAAAAUUAUAAUUAGUUGUCCAUGGUUAAGAAGAGGAAAGAAGUCUUCCCACGUCUCAGGAUCACACUAGCGGAGUGAACGGUACUGCCUCUUGAACUUAUCAACCAGUUCCCCCUUGUUGAUAUUUAGCAGUUAUAAAAGUAUGCGUAAGAUAAUAGAAACUUUGAUUGUCUUAGAAACCUUGACUGUCUUAGAAUCCUUGUUUGUGUUAGAAACCUUGAGUGUCUUAGAAACCUUGAUUGUCUUAGAAACCUUGAUUGUCUUAGAAACCUUGAAUGUCUUAGAAACCUUGAGUGUCUUAUCAGCUACUCAUAUUAAGACAGGUGUUGUCUCGUCGGAUGUGUCGUCUCUCUUGGUAGGCUUAGACUAUUUAUGUACUUCUCUCAUAGUUAGGCCUUCUCUAGCCUGUAUUUCUCUCGUAGUUACCCCUUCUCUAGAAGUUUACCCUCUUUCUUACCCAUCUCGAUUCAUCUAAUUUCUCACUUGCUCCUCUUUACCAGUUUACUCUCUCUCUCUGUUGCCCCUCUCUAACAGUUUACUCUCUCUGUUGCCCCUCUCUACGACUUCACCCUCCCAGUUUCCCCUCUCUACCCGUGUAAAUGUUGCUCAACUCACUACAACUUUCUGCAGGCAGAAAAAACAUCACCAGCCUCUUUUCUUGCAAUGUUUCUUGUGUGCAAACAUUAUACUGUACAGUAAUUUAAUUAAUAAUAAAAAAUAUACAAAUA